GUUAACAAUACAUCUGUCAUCUGUCGAUCUGUCUUUCAAUUUUCAAUCCAAUCUUUUGUAGGGGUUAUAAAAGUCUUUUUUUAAAUUGGUUUAAAUUUUUAAAAGAAAAAGAUGACUUCAAGAACGGCUCCUCCUCGACGAGUACCAGAAACCGAACCGACUAUUGCAUAUGUGCAAGCAGAUGGAUUAGCAGUGAUGAAAAUUGUAAAGCACUGUCAUGAAGAGUCUACCACUAACAUGGACAUUGCACAAGGUGCAUUACUUGGAUUAGUCGUGAACAAUUGCUUGGAGAUCACGAAUUGUUUUCCUUUUCCAAAACAAUCGGAUGAAACAAUGGACGAAGAAGAAUAUCAAUUAGCAAUGAUGCGGAGAUUAAGAAGAGUUAACGUCGAUCAUUUCCACGUUGGUUGGUACCAGAGUGCCGACGUAGGUAAUUUCCUAAGCAUUCCUCUAUUAGAAUCACAAUUUCAUUAUCAAACAUCAAUCGAAGAGUCAGUGGUGGUGAUUUACGAUACACAAAAAUCCGCAAGAGGUUUUCUUACACUGAAAGCCUAUCGUUUGACACCUCAGGCCAUUGACAUGUACAAAGAAGGUGAUUUCACACCUGAGGCAUUAUUAAAACUGAAAGUAGGGUUUGAAAACUUAUUUACUGAGGUUCCCUUCCAUGUAAAAAACUCCCCAUUAACCAAUAUUAUGAUGUCUGAGCUAGCUGAAACAGUGCCAGAAGAAGACGGUUCCAAAUUCCUGGAUUUAGGCACAGCAACUGUUCUAGAAAAUCAACUGAGAUUCUUAAUGGAUAGAGUUGAUGAACUGAACCAGGAAGCUAUUAAAUUUAACAGAUAUCAACAGUUGGUUAGCAGACAGCAACAAGAUAAACACCGUUAUCUGCAAAAGAAGGCACAAGAUAAUGCGGCCAGGUCAGCUAAAGGAGAACCACCACUACCUGAAGAGGACAUUAACAAACUCUUCAGACCUCAUCCAGUGCCACCAAGGUUAAAUCCAAUGAUUGUUGCAGGACAGAUCAAUACAUCAAGUCAAGCAAUUUCACAGUUUUGUUCGCAGAGUUUGGCUAAAUUGUACAUUACUCAGGGAUUACAAUAUGCCAAAGAAGCUAACUCUAACAAAUAGAUGGCAUGCAACAAUUAAUUUAAGAUCGACAUUUUUACAUCUAUUAAAAAUCAUAAAAAUGAACUUCAAACUAUGUGUAUUUUUCAUAGUUAAAACUUAAGGUUUGUGUCUUUAAGUUUUACAGUGUAAAAAUAAAUAAAAUAUAAAAUUAU